GGCUCCAGAGGGGCUAACUUUGAGCCAGAACUAGCUCCCUGGAGCACAGCCAUGAGGAAGCCUCGGAGGAGGUCCCGGCAGCCCCUGGGAGGGAGACGUUCCCCCUCCCCCUACAGCCUCAAGUGCUCACCCAGCCGGGAGACCCUGACGUACGCGCAGGCCCAGCGGAUGGUGGAGGUGGACAUCGAGGGGCGGCUGCACCGCAUCGGCAUCUACGACCCCUUGAAAAUCAUCACGGAGGACGAGCUGACUGCCCAGGACAUCACAGAGUGCAACAGCAACAAGGAGAACAGCGAGCAGCCCCUUUUCCCUUCCAAAUCUAAGAAGACGCCUUCCAAAGGCAAGAAGAAGGAGUCCUGCUCCAAACACGUGCCAGGGAUAUCUUUACAUUUACCCCAGCCCAGCUUCCGACUGGUGGACUCCUUCAGCCAGCCAGAUGCUCCUCCUCUGCCUGCUGCCUACUACAGGUACAUUGAAAAGCCUCCUGAGGACCUUGAUGUAGAGGUGGAGUAUGACAUGGACGAGGAGGACCUGGCGUGGCUGGAGAUGGUCAAUGAGAAGAGAAGGGACGAUGGUUAUGGGUCAGUUUCUGCUGACACUUUUGAGCUGCUGGUGGACAGGUUGGAAAAAGAGUCGUACCUCGAGAGCCGGAACAACGGGGCUCAGCAGUCCCUCAUUGAUGAGGAUGCCUUCUGCUGUGUCUGCAUGGAUGAUGAGUGUCACAACAGCAACGUCAUCCUCUUCUGUGAUAUCUGCAAUCUGGCCGUGCACCAGGAGUGCUACGGUGUGCCCUACAUCCCCGAGGGGCAGUGGCUUUGUCGCUGCUGCCUGCAGUCCCCUUCUCGCCCUGUGGAUUGUGUCCUUUGCCCCAACAAAGGAGGAGCCUUCAAGCAGACCAGCGAUGGCCGCUGGGCUCACGUGGUUUGUGCCAUCUGGAUCCCAGAGGUCUGCUUUGCAAACACUGUGUUCCUGGAGCCCAUCGAAGGGAUAAAUAACAUCCCCCCGGCUCGGUGGAAGCUCACGUGCUAUAUCUGCAAGCAGAAAGGCAUGGGAGCUGCCAUCCAAUGCCACAAGGUGAACUGUUACACUGCCUUCCAUGUCACCUGUGCCCAGCGGGCUGGUCUCUUCAUGAAGAUUGAACCCAUGAGGGAAACCAGCAUCAACGGCACGACAUUCACCGUGCGCAAGACUGCCUAUUGUGAGAGUCAUUCCCCGCCUGGGAUGGUGAAAAAAGGGUCUCUGGCUCCUAGUGGUGAGAGGCAGGAGGACAUUGUGAAGGAGGAGAGAGAGGAGGAAGCCAAUUUGGGGCCUCCCAAAGGGUCUCUGAAAAAGAACCAAGUGAAAUUGAAGCAGAAGAUCAAAAAGGAGCCUAGUGAUGUGACCAACGAGCGUUCGUCUGUGCCCAUGGUGACAGUUGCGCAAAUCCCCUCUUACAGGCUGAACAAAAUCUGCAGUGGCCUCUCCUUCCAGAGGAAGAACCAGUUCAUGCAGAGGCUCCACAGCUACUGGCUGCUGAAGCGGCAGGCGAGGAACGGGGUGCCCCUGAUCCGGCGCCUGCACUCGCACCUCCAGGCUCAGCGGAGCGCUGAGCAGAAGGAGCAGGAUGAGAAGACCAGUGCAGUGAAGGAGGAGCUGAAGUACUGGCAGAAACUGCGGCACGACCUGGAGCGAGCGCGGCUGCUGAUCGAGCUGAUCCGUAAGAGGGAGAAGCUCAAACGGGAGCAGGUGAAGGUGCAGCAGGCUGCCAUGGAGCUGCAGCUGACCCCUUUCAACGUGCUGCUGCGCACAACGCUGGACCUGCUGCAGGAGAAGGAUGCUGCCCAGAUCUUUGCAGAGCCUGUCAACCUGAACGAGGUUCCAGAUUACCUGGAAUUCAUUUCCAACCCAAUGGAUUUUUCCACCAUGAGGCGGAAGCUGGAGUCCCACCUCUACCGAACCUUGGAGGAGUUUGAGGAAGACUUUAACCUUAUAGUUGCCAACUGCAUGAGGUAUAAUGCUAAAGACACGAUUUUCCACCGAGCAGCUGUCCGGCUCAGGGACCUCGGAGGAGCCGUUUUGCGCCAUGCCCGGAGGCAGGCUGAGAACAUUGGCUUUGACACUGAUGUGGGGGUUCACCUGCCCGAGUCACCCAAAACUGAGGACUUUUACCGCUUUUCUUGGGAGGAUGUGGAUAACAUCCUCCUCCCAGAGAACCGGGCUCACCUCUCCUUGGAGGCCCAGCUGAAGGAGCUGCUGGAGAAGCUGGACAUGGUGAGCACCAUGAGGUCCAGUGGUGCCCGGACACGGCGCAUCCGGCUCCUGAGACGGGAAAUCAACUCCAUUCGGCAGAAACUGGCCCAGCAGCAGAACAAGACCAAUCCCAAUGGGGAGCCUGUGUCCCAGGAAGAGGGGCUGGAUAAAUCAUCAAGGGAAGGGGAUGAGGAAGAGAAUAAAGAUGAUGCCAAACCCCCUCAGCCUCCCACCCUGGAACCCACAGGACCUGCACCAUCCCUCUCAGAGCUGGACUCUCUCCAGGACCCUCCAACCCUGAAACCCAUCAGUGAAAGCAAGUCCUUGAAUCAGCUGCAGAAGAAGGUGAUGCCAGACAGGGACCUCUUUGACAAGAAGGCCCUGCAGCGGGAGAGCCAGGCCUUCCAGCGCCUGCUCAGCGACAACGGCCUCAACGGGCUGGCCUUGCCACCCACAGACACCCCGGCCAGUCCCCCCUUCAGCGGCGUCGGCCGAAGGACAUCUGUCCUUUUUAGGAAAGCUAAGAAUGGGGUGAAGCUGCAGAGAGGCCUGGACUGUUCCCUGGAGAACGGGGAGGACCAUGGGCAGGCUGGGCAGCUUUCACCUUCCCGCCCCCAGGCUCGGAAGCGGCUGCGGAGCGGGACCUGCAGCGAGAGCGACGGGGAGAGGUCGCCCAGGCAGGCAGGACAGAGAGGAGUGACAAAUGGUUUCACCAAGCACGGAGAAAGCGGCUCUGACUCGGAGUGUGGCUCUGGCAGGGGAGGUGGCCUGGUGUUUGAAGCCUGCAGUGGUUUGAUGCCUCCCAAGAGGAGUCGAGGGAAACCAGCUCUGUCUCGGGUGCCCUUCUUGGAAGGUGGAAAUGGAGACUCUGAUUUCAGCAGCUCAGGCAGGACUCUUCUGAUGUCCUAUGAGAAUCAGGCUGAGCUGGAGCCUCUGGAGCUUGUGUGGGCCAAGUGCCGUGGCUACCCCUCCUACCCUGCCUUGAUCAUUGAUCCCAAGAUGCCACGCGAGGGUUUGCUCCACAAUGGAGUCCCCAUCCCAGUCCCACCCGUGGAUGUGCUGAAGCUGGGGGAGCAGAGGCAGACAGAGGCAGGAGAAAAGCUCUUCCUGGUCCUUUUCUUUGACAACAAGAGAACCUGGCAGUGGCUUCCCCGUGACAAAGUCUAUCCCUUGGGCGUGGAUGACACGGUGGACAAGCUGAAGAUGAUGGAAGGCAGAAAAACCAGCAUCCGCAAGUCUGUGCAGGUGGCCUAUGACCGAGCCAUGGUCCACCUGAGCAGAGUGAGGGGGGAUCACCCCUUCCUCACCUCCUCUUACCUGUGA